AAAAAAACAUCUUCUUCUUGUGAGAGACAAUGGACGGAUUGAUCAGAGGUUUGGUCGACGUGGCUAUUGGAGGAAACCAACGCCGCGGCGGAGACGAUGGUGGUGAUGAUGAAGGGAACUCGAGGGACGAGAGAUCCAGAUCUACUUGGGCUGAUGUGGUUUCCGGUGAGGAGGAGGAUCAGAAUCGCGCGGGAGGAUCGUCGCACGGUCGACGCCAGAAUUUAGAGGAGAAUCAAUGGGAGAAGAAGGGAGAAAGGAACCCUACAAGACAUUCAAAUAAGGAGGACCAGGAAGAGAAUACAUAUGCGGCUAAAGUAGCCGAGAAACAAGACUUCUCAGAGAGCCAGCAAGAGGACAAUGAUGGUUGGGAAACUGUGGGAAAAAAGAAACCUGCAAGGCAAUCGCAUAAGGUCCAGAAGGAGCAAUGGCAAGAUUACAAACGUCCAGCAAGCGAACAACACUACUCAGACGAAGUUGAAACUUAUGGAAACCUAGAACCCUCACAACUAGAGCUCUCAGGUCUCUCAGAAGCUUGCAACAAACUGUGGGAGCUCGAUUCAAACCGCCUUGUUCCUGGAAAUGAUUAUCAAAUCGACUGCGGAGAUGGGAAAAGGGUCCAUGAGAGAGCUGAUAUGGCUGAAGGACUACUCUUCUCUUGGGUGAGCGACGAAGUCUUUAGAAAACCGACUUUUGCCAGAUUCUGUUCAUUGCUUGAUAACUACAACCCGAACGAAGGUUACAAAGAAGAAGUCACAGAAGAAGAGAGGCAAGAGCAAGCAGCUUUUAUUGAAGAAAUUAGCAGAACCCCUGUGAUCAAGUACCUCCACAAAUACCUUGUGCUUAAGGACGUUGCUCCUGGAAGCUACCAAGAGUUCAAGAGAAUGUUGACAAGUCUCUGGUUCGAUCUCUAUGGCCGCGGAGGUACCUCUGGCUCAUCUUCUGCGUUCGAGCAUGUCUUUGUUGGUGAGAUCAAACAAUCUGGUGGGGAACAAGUCUCUGGAUUCCAUAACUGGCUUCAGUUUUACUUGGAGGAAGCCAAAGGAACUGUAGAUUAUCAAGGCUAUAUAUUUCCCCGACGUCGCGGUGAAAUUCCUGAUUCAGAGACUCAGCUGCUAACGAUCCAAUUCGAGUGGAACGGUGUUCUAAAAUCAGUCUCAAGUACUCUAGUAGGAGUAAGUCCAGAGUUCGAGUUGGCUCUAUACACAAUGUGUUUCUUCAUGGGCAGAGAAGAAAACCACAUACAGUUGGGUCCAUACAAUGUCAAUGUCAAAUGUUACCGACUUGGCAACAACCGUAUCGGCUCAGCUUUCCCCAUUGCAGAAUCUUGAAACCUCUCUUGAUGGCUCAAAAAAUAUCUGCUCCUUGCGCAGUACUGUAUUGAAUUAUUGAUAUUGUCAGAUCUUUCUGUCUACAUGUGUAGACUAGAAAUAUCCUCCUGUGAUAUUUCCUUGGAUAUUAAUGGGAAACCAUGUCUUGUCCUUUCUGAAAAUGAUACAACAAUAGAAGAGAUGUGUGAGAAAAUAUCUUCUAAUAAUUUUUAUUUCAAAGA